GAUAUGUUUCCGACCAACAAUGUUGCUCGCAACAACAUUAGACCAACAAGUCGAGAAACGCGUAAAUUCGGGUACAGACUGUUAUGUCUUACUAACAGUUUAGUAGCUGCCGUCCAGCAGCGGUGUAUAACGAAGUUUGGGAUGUGUACGUAGCUGGACCGAAUAAGGCCUUAACUCCCCUUCAAUACUGUGGUGAUUACAAUAUCGAGCAGAACGGCUAUUCCGGAUCGGAUUAACUCGUACCGAUUGGAUACCAAUCCCGACCGAUCGGGCGGCUGUCAAACGGAGGAUGACGAACAAGAUUAUUCAUGUAUGGAAGCCAUCGAGAGCAGACGCGAUCUACGGUACCACAAAUUGGCGACGAGGAGAAAGUUAAAAUAAAUUGAAGUGAAGUGAAUUAGAAAGUGUUAAAAGAAAGGUUUGCAAAUAAAUGUGAUAGUUGUGAAACCCGUUCAAGAAAAUGGACCAGUGGAAUGUUUCACCGUUUCUUUUCAAGGCAAUGGAGAGAAAUGCCAUUAGAAAUGAAUGGAUGAAAUACCGUCGAAAUUUCGAGUACAUCAUUGCAGCAACGGAAGAAAAGGAUCGGGCAAGGAUCAAAAACAUUUUUCUUGCGAAAGCCGGGCCGGACGUGCAGGAAGUUUUUGCAUCGAUCACAGGCGCGGAGAUAGAGGAAGCUGGUGGAGAGGAAGUGGACCCGUAUUUAGCAGCGAUAGAGAAGCUAAAUAAUUAUUUUUGUCCUAAACAGCAUGAUGUUUUCGAGAGGAAUAGAUUUUGGACGCUGAAACCGGAGCAGGCGGAAUCUGUGGAGGAAUUCGCUUUCCGUUGCCACAGCCUGGCCCAAAAAUGCGUGUUCGGGAAGACCGAAGAAGAAGCGAGGUCGAUCAGUGUAAUAGAUAAAGUUAUACUGUUUGCACCAUCAGAACUGAAGGAGAGACUAUUGUCACAGAAAUCUCUGGAUUGGGAUCAAACGAUGCAAAUGAUAAAUUCGUUUGAAUCCGUGAAGCGACAUGCUCGAGCGUUGUCAGCUCCCGAGAGGGAUAGCGUAAAGAGCUGGAACACAGCAACCGAAGUGAACAGGGUAGGAACACAGAAGGAGGAAUGUUCUCGGUGUGGAAAAAGGGACCAUACGGGAACUGACCCACAAUGUCCGGCAAAGAACCGUGAGUGUUACAAGUGUAAGAAGUUAGGUCAUUUCGGGGUCAAAUGUAAGGCACCGCAAGACAGGAAACGUCGGUAUGACACAUUUGUACAGGGUGGGAAACGGCCAAGAGUGGAAAGAGUACAUGCCAUAGAGAAUACAGAACAUGAAACAUAUGAAAAUUUUAUUUAUAAUAUCAGCGACGGUGAAGAGAUGCUGUGGGUUAAAGUAGGAGGGAUAAAAAUGCAGCUGCUAGUUGACUCAGGCUGCAACAAAAACAUCCUAUCGGAGAAAGCUUGGGAGUAUAUUAAGGCAUGCCAAGCGCAAAGAUGGGGUGAGACGGAAGAAUGUGGGGAAACGUUCCUUCCCUAUGGGGAUAGACCAAAACCACUGACAGUCUUGCGGAAGUUUUUCGCAAAAGUGGAAAUACAAGAUAAAGGGAAAAUCAUAGAAGUAUCGGCAAGUUUCUAUGUUAUAAAAGGAGGCCGACAAUCGUUAUUAGGUAAAACAACAGCUAUAGAACUAGGAGUGUUAUUCGUUGGACUGCCUAGCACGCAUGGGAUAAGAGCGAUUGAAGGGGGGAAACAACAACCAUUCCCAAAGAUAAAAGGAGUAGAAGUAAAGAUACCAAUAGACCGUGAUGUGCAACCGAUUUGCCAACACCCUAGAAGACCACCUAUAGCUCUAUUAACAAAAAUUGAAGAGAAAAUCCAAGACCUGCUAGAUAAGGAUAUUAUUGAGCCAGUAGAAGGAGGGUGUGAAUGGGUGUCGCCGUUAGUUCCUAUCAUUAAGGACAAUGGUGAAUUACGCCUAUGCGUCGAUAUGCGCCGUGCAAAUAACGCUAUAAUGAGGGAACGACAUUUAAUGCCAACGAUUGAAGAUUUUUUACCGCGGUUCACGACUGCUAAAAUAUUCAGUCGUUUGGACAUAAAGGAGGCAUUCCAUCAAGUUGAGCUACAUGAGAAAAGCAGGUAUAUCACGACAUUCAUAACGCAUAUAGGAUUGUUCCGGUACAAACGGUUAAUGUUUGGAAUUGUUGUAGCGCCGGAAGUUUUCCAACGCAUUAUGGAACAAAUUUUGGCAAAAUUUACUAAAAAUGCUGUUAACUACAUAGAUGAUAUAUUGAUCUAUGCGGAGUCAGAAAAGAUACACGAUAAGGUGUUAGAAGAUGUAUUGCGUGUAUUAGAAGAGAAAGGAAUUUUGCUUAAUGAAGAGAAAUGUCUGUUUAGGGUCCCAGUGGUUGAAUUUUUGGGACAUAAAAUUUCAAACCAAGGUAUAGAACCGGGCCAAGGAAAAGUAGAAGCCAUAAAGAAAUUUCGGGCACCUUCAUCCACGGAAGAAGUUCGAAGUUUCCUUGGUUUAAUAACAUACCUUAGCAAAUUCCUACCUAAUUUAGCAACCAUAACAGCACCGUUACGCCAGUUGACACAUACAGGGGUAGCAUUCUCGUGGGGUGAAAAAGAGGACAAGGCAUUUAAUAAGUUGAAGGGCAUGACCGGCAGAAGUUGA